CACGCUCACUUCCGGAGAGGACCCGAAGCCAGACGAGUGAGAGUCCCGCCCGGUGCUGAGGAGAAAGCGGGCCCGGGCGGGGCGGCGGACGAGGCUAGACGGGGGCGCGGCGGGGGUGGUGUCCUGGCUGCGGCGUGGGCGGCGGUCGUGAGCGUGCGCGUGUGGCCUGGUGGCUGUGAGUGCCCAUACGUGGUGAGCGUGUGGUGAGGCGCUGAGGAGGCGCGCGGGCGCGCGGUGGUCGGGGCCCGGUGUUUGGCUGCCGUGCGUGGCCGCGAAUCCGCGCCCGAGCGCUCGUUCCGCCGGCAUGCUGAAGGCGGACUGUGCUGGAGUGAGGGAAGCACUUUCAGUGGGCGAGAGCAGGAAACCGUCCCGGAGGAGGCGUACCCCGCCCGCUCCCGUACCGACUGCGUAGAGCCCAGUGUGGGCAAAGCCCGAGAGCCCGAGGCGGGUGCCCGGGCGGGGCGGCUUCUGCUGGAGCCUUUGCUGUCGGCCCCAUCUGGAGGGGGCGGAACCGAGGACACGGCCCCAUGUCCGCAGGACAGCGAGGAGCAGACACCAUGGGAUCUGAGUACCCAGGUGGAGACACUGAAGCAUGGAGAGGAUAAAUAAUCACUAGUAAGUGAAAGAACCGGGAUUCAGAUCCAGAACAGGCUGACUCGAGAGUCCCUCUGUUUACUUACUGUCAUGUAGUCUCCUUAACUACUGCCUGAGCUCUGCAAUCCCAGAGUAAAGCUCUUCUCCAAAUGAAGAGCCAGGAAGAGGGAGAGGUGACAGAAAUUAAACUUCUUAAAGCCAUGUCCCCGGGUUCAGUGACUUUCACAGAUGUGGCCAUAGACUUUUCCCAAGAUGAAUGGGAGUGGCUGAAUCUUGCUCAGAGAAGUUUGUACAAAAAAGUGAUGUUAGAAAACUACAGGAACCUAGUUUCAGUGGGUCUUUGCAUUGCUAAACCAGAUGUGAUCUCCUUACUGGAGCAAGAGAAAGACCCUUGGGUGAUAAAAGGAGAGAUGACCAGAGGCCUGUGCUCAGACUUGGAGUAUGUGUGGGUGACCAAGUCAUUAUCUCCAAAUCAGGAUAUUUAUGAAGAAAAAUUACCCCCCACAAUAAUAAUGGAAGGAUUUACAAGUUAUAACCUUGAAUGCUCAACAUUAGGGAAAAGCUGGAAAUGUGAAGACCUGUUUGAGAGGGAGCUUGUAAAUCAGAAGACACAUUUUAGACAAGAGACCAUUACUCAUACAGAUACUCUUAUGGAAAAAAGAGACCACUUCAACAAAUCUGGGAUAGAUUUUCACCUGAAUACAUUAUCUUAUAUAAAACAGGUGUUUCCCAUGGAAAAGAAAACAUUUCAUUUUCAUACAGAUAAGAAAAGUCUAAAAAUACAUUCAUUUGUGAAAAAACACAAGCAAGACUGUGGAGAAAAGAAACUUUUAAAAUGUAAUGACUGUGAGAAAAUGUUCAGCAAAAUCUCAACCCUUACUCUUCACCAAAGAAUUCAUACUGGAGAGAAACCCUAUGGAUGUAUUGAAUGUGGAAAGGCCUUUAGCCAGAGUGCCCACCUUGCUCAACAUCAGAGAAUACACACAGGAGAAAAACCAUUUGAAUGUACUGAAUGUGGGAAAGCCUUCAGCCAGAAUGCUCAUCUUGUUCAACACCAGAGAGUUCAUACUGGAGAGAAACCUUAUCAGUGUAAGCAGUGUAAUAAAGCAUUCAGCCAGCUUGCACACCUUGCUCAACAUCAGAGGGUUCACACUGGAGAAAAACCCUAUGAAUGUAUUGAAUGUGGGAAGGCUUUUAGUGAUUGUUCAUCCCUAGCUCAUCAUCGAAGGAUUCACACUGGGAAAAGACCCUAUGAAUGUAUUGACUGUGGGAAAGCUUUCAGGCAAAAUGCUUCUCUUAUACGUCAUCGGCGAUAUUAUCAUACUGGAGAGAAACCCUUUGACUGCAUUGAUUGUGGAAAGGCUUUCACUGAUCACAUAGGGCUUAUUCAGCAUAAGAGAAUUCAUACCGGAGAGAGACCUUAUAAAUGUAAUGUGUGUGGGAAGGCUUUUAGCCAUGGCUCAUCUCUGACAGUACAUCAGAGAAUUCAUACAGGAGAGAAACCUUAUGAAUGCAGUAUCUGUGAGAAAGCCUUCAGCCAUCGUGGGUCUCUUACUCUUCAUCAAAGAGUUCAUACUGGAGAGAAACCCUAUGAAUGUAAGGAAUGUGGGAAAGCGUUCCGGCAGAGCACGCAUCUUGCUCAUCAUCAGAGAAUUCAUACUGGAGAGAAACCUUAUGAAUGUAAGGAAUGCAGCAAAACCUUCAGCCAGAAUGCACACCUUGUACAACAUCAGAAAAUACACACUGGGGAGAAACCUUAUGAAUGUAAGGAAUGUGGUAAGGCCUUCAGUCAGAUUGCACACCUUGUUCAGCACCAGAGAGUUCAUAGUGGUGAGAAGCCUUAUGAAUGUAUCGAAUGUGGGAAGGCCUUUAGUGAUGGCUCAUAUCUUGUUCAGCAUCAGAGACUCCACACUGGCAAAAGACCAUAUGAAUGUCUUGAAUGUGGGAAGGCAUUCAGACAGAGGGCAUCCCUGAUUUGUCAUCAGAGAUGUCAUACUGGUGAGAAACCUUAUGAAUGUAAUGUUUGUGGGAAAGCCUUUAGCCAUCGUAAAUCCCUUACUCUACAUCAGAGAAUUCAUACAGGAGAGAAACCUUAUGAGUGUAAAGAAUGUAGCAAAGCCUUCAGCCAGGUAGCCCAUCUUACGCUACAUAAGAGAAUUCAUACUGGAGAAAGGCCCUAUGAGUGUAAAGAAUGUGGAAAAGCCUUCAGGCAGAGUGUACACCUUGCACAUCAUCAGCGAAUUCAUACUGGGGAGUUAUCAGUUAUUCUCUCCUCUGCCCUCCCAUACCACCAAGUCCUAUAGAUUCAAUCUUGUAAAUGCCUCUAGAAUCCAUCUGCUUUUUUUCCAGCACAUGUCGCAUCAUCAUAGUCCAAGAUGCAACCAUCUCAUCUGGAUUUCUGCAAUAGUGUAACUCUUGCCCCUUUUGCUCCUAUCAAGUACAUGUUUAACAUUGUAGGCAGCCUAAUCUUUGAAAAAUAAAAAUACAUAUUUAUGUUACCUUCUCAUUUAAAACAUUUGAUUUGAAAAAUAUAUUAACUAAUCCAUUUUAAGGAUUUAGCGCACACUAUUUGGUAUAUAGCUAGUGCUAAAUAAUUGCUAGUCAUAAGGUAAAGGUUUCCUUAUAAACUAUCAUAUUAAGCCACAAGCAUACCAAACCAGUAAGUCAAGACUAAGAUUUUAGAGCAGACAGAAGAAUAUACUUUCCUGGUAGAGAGAAGGAAAUGAACAAACUCAGAAUUUAAAGAUGUAUGGUACACAAGGUAACAUGGUAGCUCAUCACUCCCUCUGUGACAUUGUUGAUGAGGAACUCUCACUUGACCUGACACUGAGAAGAGAGAAUCAGCCAAUUAGAAAAAAAGCUUUUAGCUGGGCGUGGUGGCUCAUGCCUGUAGUCCCAGCACUUUGGGAGGCCAAGGCAGGCAGAUAGCUUGAGCUCAGGGGUUUGAGAUCAGCCUGAGUGACAUGGUGAAAUCUUAUCUCUACAAAAAAAAACACAAAAAUUAGCCAGGCAUAAUGGUGCACACCUGUAGUCCUAGCUACUCAGGAGGCUGAGACAGGAGGAUCAUUGGAGCCAGGAGGCAGAGGCUGCAGUGAGUCAUGAUCACACAACUGCAAUUCCAGCCUGGGCAGCAGAGCCAGGCUGGAAGAAAAAUUUAAAAAGAACAAAAGCAUUUGGUAGAAUGCAGAAAUGUAGAACUAACCACUAACCCAGGGAGGAGUAGUAAAAAUAACAAGCCAAAGAACGUGAAUAGAUUAAUAGCUAUGAAACAAACUGAAAAGGGUAGUUCAAUACUUUCACUUUUGUAAAAGUACCACAGGCAAUUUCUGUGGUGUUUAAAUAGUCCUAGCAUAAAACAAAAUGCAAACUUUCCAUCUUCAUCCUUGAGAUUGACAAGACAUGCCAAAACAUAAAAAUAUGUACACUGCAAUUAGCUUCUGAAUGUAGAUGUUACAACUUAAACUUAUUUUCAAAACAUUAAAAAAUAGGAAGGCUAGACAUGUCUCUGUAUAGAAAGUCUGAUAAAGAUAUUUCUAAGUUAAAUUUGUAAAUUCAUGGAUAUUCAAAUAAAAAUAACAUUCCAAUAAAAAUCUCCAAUAUAUUUUUUAGUUGAGAAGCUAAUUUGGAUCAUCUGUAGAAUUUUGAUUUUAGCAAGGAAUGUAGUUUACACUGGGAAUGUAGUACUAAUACUAAUUGAACAUUUGCUAAUGUGUCACACUGUUUUAGGUGCUGGGGGAUACAACAAGGUACAAAAUGGACAAAAAUGUGUGCUCUUACAGAUCUAGUAGAAAAGAAAAAAUUAAAUACAUGCCUUGUGAUAAAUAUAUAGUAUGUCCCAUAAAGACAAA